CCCUUCCUCACUAUUUCCAACUUCACUUGCUUCCAUUUUAUCCCCAUAAAAUUCCCUUUCACUUGGUUUCAGUGUUAGUGCUCUCUGCUACUGCUACUUCUCACUUCUCUCCUCCCCACCCUAACUUCUAGCUUACCUUCAACCUCCAUUUGUUAAGUUUUCCUUCGUUUGAAUUUCUCAACCAGGUUACAGUUUUGUUGGUUUAGAGGUGGAAGAUUUUCAGAUUUAGAGCAUAAAAAGAGGAGACUAACGCCGUAGUUUAAACAGCUAUUGUUGGAUCGAUUUUAAUGCUAAACGGCGCUGCUGCUUCUGUUGCUGUUGUUGCUGCAUAAGUAUAUAAAGCCAGGAGACGUAAAAUCAAAGCAAAAGGGGAGUCAGUCUAUUAAGCAAAAGUAAAGCUUUAAUUCACUACAGUGCUGACAUUGUUACAGUUAUCAUAACAAAAGGCAGUAGCAGUAGCAGUGGAAGAAUGGCAGAUACAUUGUGUCUGGUUACUAGCAAACAACGCUACACCACUAUCUAUUGUGGACCAAAUUUAAUACUACCUCAUCUUCUCUCUCUCUUCCUGAGCUAUCUAAAUCUCCUUACACUACCCUUUUGCCCACUGAUAUUCCCCUAUUUGCUGUAUUGUCUCCUUUCGUUUUGUCACUGUAAAACAGAUGAGAGUGUUUUUCUUUCUUUAUGCUUUGCAACAGAUUUUUUUUUUAAAAAAGUCUUUUCUUUUUUUUGCUAGCUCAUGAAACUGUCCUCUAGAAAAAAAUCCAAGGAACUACCCAUCUUCCCAUGCUUUUGGGGACCACUUAGCCAUAAAAUUGUGAUUUAUUAGAUUAAAUAAUUACUUUUUGAAAUUCUUUUUGCUUGCUUUGGUAAAUCCCCAGAGAAAAGUAAAUUCUUUUUCUUCUUUUUUGACCAUGGAAAUUGAUGUUUUGCCACGGGAAAUUCUCUCGUGUGUCCAGUUAUUCCCAUACACACUGUGUCACUUCUUUCGAAUUAUGGGUUUAGGGGUAAGCUUUGAGAAACACAGUAAAAGUAAAAAUAUUAAUAUAGUUGUAGUGAGGGACUAUACUUGGGAUUGAUGUUAGAUUAAAUUGACGUAAGAUGGUAGAAUAACGUUUAAGAAUGUUCAGAACGUAAUUAAUAAAGAGGAAAAAAGCUAGUUUAUGUUCUGGGUUUAUUUGUCUUCUUUCUACCAAACAAAUCUAUGCUAUACUUUCUUAUUCUGGGACUAGUGAGGAGAAACUGGUUAGAUUUGAGAAGAACUUCAGUUCAUGUUUGCUGAGCAAUUCUAGUAAAAAUUUCAACUUUUCUCUGUCAGAAAUCAGGUGAAUAGUGUUAUAAAAUGAAUUAGGAGUACUAUUUCCUUAUAUUUUCUGAAACUAGCUAUAAAUUGAUUUCCAGUUAAAGGGAUGAAAUAGUCUUCAAAGUUUUUGCAUAAUGGUUUUUGUGCAUGAUCUGUAAUCUGUAUGCUUGCAUGUUGCCUGACUUGUGUUACUCCAUGUUAAAUUUUUUCACUCAGUUCAGAUUUUAAGCUCUCCUGUUCUUUUAGCCUCCUUCACAUGGAGUAAACUCAUUGCCCUAGCCUAGUUCCGUUAUCCUUUGAACCUGAAGCUUUAUUAUUAUUGGUUAAGAAAGUAAUUUACUGUGCCAUUUUCCUCACAACUCUAGUUUGCACUUAUAAAGUUAUCCUUUGCACAACCAAAACUCCCAAUUUAAUGCUUGAAGUGUUAGAAAUACAAUUUCAAACCUUGGACUUUCUUCUGUAAACUGAACUUUUAUGCUACAGAGAUGCCAAAUCGACAAAUGAGAGACCCGGAGGAGAAGCAUAUGAUCUCCAAGAAACCUGUGGAGAGCAGUUUAGUAAUUCAGCAGGCAUCUAUCAAACUUUCUCAGAGUUCUGGAGAGAGAUUGGAAGAUGCUCCUAAAAAUGCAAAGCGGAGGAGAGGAAGAAGGAAGUCAAAAGGUGCCAUAGUUGAAGAUUUACCUGCUGGUGGGAAACUUGGGUUGCAUGUUGAGCCUCCCACAUCAAACAAGAGCAUUGUCUUCCAACGAAGGCCAGGGUUUGGCCAGUUGGGGACAAAGUGUGUUGUUAAGGCGAAUUACUUUCUUGCUGAGCUAUCGAGGUCGGAUUUGUGUCAAUAUAAUGUUACCAUAACUCCUGAAGUAAAUUCCAGUAAACUGAAUAAAGCUAUCAUGGCUGAGCUAGUAAAACUUAACAGAGAAACUAACUUGGGGGCGAAACUUCCCGUUUAUGACGGAAAGAGAAAUCUUUACACUGCUGGAUUACUGCCUUUUACGUCAAAAGAGUUCAAAAUUACAUUGCUUGAAGAGUGUGAAGGAUUUGAAUUAAGAAAGGAGAAUGAAUUCGAGGUGAAAAUCCAGUUUGUUGGUUUUACCCGAAUGCAUGAGCUACAUGAGCUUCUUGCAGGUAAGCAUGUUAAAGCUCCUCAAGAAGCUCUCACUGUCAUUGAUACUGUCUUGAGGGAAAUGGCAGGGAAAAGGUAUUUAUCAUUUGGAAGAUUAUUCUAUUCUCCUGAUAUUCAAAAGCCUCAUCAACUCGGAGGUGGUGUGCACUCAUGGCGUGGCUUCUAUCAGAGUGUAAGACCUACUCAGAUGGGGUUGGCCCUUAAUAUUGAUAUGUCAGCAAGCGCAUUCAUUGAAGCACUACCAGUCGUUGAAUUUGUAGCUCAAAUUUUGGGAAAGGAUGUACGUUCACGACCAUUGUCCGAUGCAGAUUCUGUUAAGGUUAAGAAAGCACUUAGAGGUAUCAAAGUGGAGGUUACUCAUAGAGGAAAUGUGCGGAGGAAAUACCGAGUAUCAGGACUGUCAGCACAACCUACCAGGGAGCUAAUUUUCCCUGUUGAUGAGCAAAUGAAUAUGAAGUCGGUGAUUGAGUACUUCCAGGAAGUGUAUGGUUAUACCAUUCAAUACGCCCACCUCCCUUGCCUUCAAGUAGGGAAUCAAAAGAAAGUGAAUUAUUUGCCCAUGGAGGCAUGCAAAAUAGUUGAAGGACAGAGAUAUACGAGGAGAUUGAAUGACAAGCAGAUAGCUUCUUUACUGAAAGUUACAUGUAGACGACCAUAUGACCAGGAAGCAGAUAUUUUGCAGACAGUUCACCAGAAUGGAUACAACCAAGAUCCACAUGCACAAGAAUUCGGUAUAAAGAUAGAUGACAAGCUUGCGACUGUUGAGGCCCGUGUUCUUCCUGCUCCAUGGCUGAAGUACCAUGAUACUGGAAAAGAGAAGCAACACUUACCUCAGCUUGGUCAGUGGAAUAUGCUAAACAAGAAAGUGAUAAAUGGGGGCACAGUUAAUCACUGGGCUUGCAUCAAUUUCUCAAGAAGUGUACAAGAGAGUGCUGCUCGUGGAUUUUGUCGUCAGUUAGUGCAGAUGUGUCAAGUCUCUGGAAUGGAGUUCAACCCUGAACCUGUAAUCCCUAUCCAUUCUUCACGACCGGACCAGGUGAAGAAGGCCUUGAAAUAUGUAUAUAAUGCUGCUGCAAGCAAACUUGAUGGAAAGGAGUUAGAGUUGGUUAUUGCCAUUCUACCAGACAAUAAUGGAUCUUUAUAUGGUGAUUUGAAACGCAUUUGUGAGACAGACUUGGGAUUAAUUUCACAAUGCUGCCUGACUAAAUAUGUGUUGAAAGUAUCCAGACAAUACCUAGCAAAUGUGUCCUUGAAAAUUAAUGUCAAGAUGGGAGGAAGAAAUACAGUCCUCUUGGAUGCUUUGAGUUUGAGAGUUCCAAUGGUUAGCGACAUCCCAACAAUAAUUUUUGGAGCUGAUGUCACUCACCCAGAAAAUGGGGAAGACACAAGCCCAUCCAUUGCCGCUGUUGUAGCAUCGCAAGAUUGGCCAGAAGUAACAAAGUAUGCUGGCUUGGUAUCUGCUCAGGCCCACAGACAAGAAAUUAUACAAGAUCUGUUCAAAACCUGUCAAGAUCCACAACAAGGAACCGUAAAUGGAGGAAUGAUAAGAGAGCUUUUACUUUCUUUCAAGAGGGCCACUGGACAAAAGCCGCUGAGGAUAAUAUUUUACCGGGAUGGUGUCAGUGAUGGGCAAUUCUAUCACGUUCUAUUGUAUGAACUUGAUGCUAUUAGAAAGGCCUGUGCAUCAUUGGAACCUGGCUAUCAACCUCCAGUAACGUUUGUUGUAGUCCAAAAGCGUAAUCAUACAAGAUUAUUUCCAAACAAUCACAACGACAAGAAAAGCACUGACAAGAGUGGGAACAUAUUACCUGGUACUGUGGUAGAUACGAAAAUAUGUCAUCCAACUGAUUUUGACUUUUACUUAUGCAGUCAUGCCGGGAUUCAGGGAACCAGCAGACCGGCUCACUACCAUGUUCUCUGGGACGAGAACAAUUUCACAGCUGAUGAGAUACAAUCUCUAACAAAUAACCUCUGUUAUACGUAUGCUCGCUGCACGCGAUCUGUCUCAGUCGUACCUCCAGCAUAUUAUGCUCAUUUGGCAGCUUACAGAGCUCGAUUCUACAUGGAACCGGAUAGCUCUGAUAGUUCAGGGGGAUCACAUAAUUCGCGCACCAAUAACAGCCAAAAUAUUCGCCCAUUGCCAGAGUUGAAAGAUAAGGUCAAGAAUGUAAUGUUUUACUGUUAAGAAUAGGUUUACAGGAGAUGAAUCAGAAUGUAUAUAGUAGCUCUCUUGUAAUUAUAGUUGUAGUGACUAGUGAAAUGGUGCAUAACAAAUUUUGAUAGUUAUGAGAAGCUUUUACUAGUCCUUUAUCAUU